AAGCCUUGUUCUUCAACUAUUUUAUUUAAUCUUUUCCCCGCUAUCGACGACUUUCGUUAUCUUUCUCCAGUUGAUCGUCUUUUUUGUUUUCUUCAAUCGAAAGCUUGACUCCUUGUCUCGAUUCAAUUGCUUAAUAUAUAUCAUGGGCUGGCUCGAUAAGUUGAAUGACCGAGUGGCUCACUCAGUGAUCGGCAAAUAUUUCCAGCUCGACAACUCGGGUGCAAGGCGAGAACGAAAAGGAACUCGAUUUACAAAAGAAAUCCGCGCUGGUUGCACGAUUUUCUUUGCCAUGGCCUACAUUAUCUCGGUUAAUUCUUCAAUUAUCAGCGAAAGUGGCGGUACAUGCGUGUGUAACGGGACUCCCGAAGAUCCUACGUGUGACAAAGACGAAGAUUAUAUGCAGUGCAUCUAUCAAUUGAAGCUCGAUAUGAUCGUGGCUACGUCCAUUAUUGCCAUGAUCGCCAGCGUGCUGAUUGGCACGUUCGCCAAUCUACCGCUGGGGAUGGCACCGGGAAUGGGGUUGAACGCUUAUUUCACUUACACCGUGGUUGGAUACCACGGAUCAGGCAAAGUAAGCUAUCAGACCGCCGUGGCGGCUGUCUUUCUCGAAGGGUGUAUCUUUUUGCUCUUGUCUAUUUUCGGUAUCCGUCAAUGGUUGGCGCGCGUUAUUCCGAUGAGUAUCAAGGUAGCCAUGGGCUGCGGUAUCGGAUUGUACCUCUGUUUCAUCGGUCUUCAAUCCUCGGCCGGUAUCGGUCUUGUGACAUUAGACUACUCCACCUUGGUAACCCUCGGUGGUUGUCCUCCGGAAGCACUUGAUGAACAUGGUGUGUGUCAGUGGGGACAUAUGGAAUCGCCUACCAUGUAUAUGGGGCUUCUUGGACUCGUCGUCAUGGCGCUACUUGUGAUGUACCGUGUGCGAGGCGCCAUUCUCAUCGCCAUUGUCGGCAUUGCUAUCACCUCGUGGCCACGAGGUAACAACAAAGUCACCUAUUUUCCUUACACACCGCAUGGCGAUGCCAUGUUUGACUAUUUUAAAACGGUCGUCAAUGUUCACUCCAUUGAUCGUGUUGUGGGCAAAUUCGAUUUCACAUUUGACAACAAGGAUAUAUGGAUUGCGCUGGUGACACUUUUGUACGUGGAUAUCUUGGACACGACAGGCACAAUGUAUUCGAUGGCUAGAUAUGGUGGAUUUACCGACAAAGCGGGCGAUUUUGAACAUUCGACCUAUGCUUUUAUGUGCGAUGCUGUAAGCGUGAUUAUCGGUUCAUGCUUUGGCAGUUCACCUUGUACUGCGUUUGUGGAAUCGGGGGCCGGUAUUGCCGAAGGUGGUCGAACGGGCAUUACUGCGAUUACCGUUGCAUUUGGUUUCUUCAUUUCCAUUUUCUUUUCGCCGAUUUUUGCAAGUUUCCCUCCCUGGUCUACGGGCCCGGCCCUGAUCGUCGUCGGUUCCAUGAUGACUUCCAGUAUCCGAAAUAUCAAUUGGGACUAUCCUGGUGAUGCCGUCCCUGCUUUCAUUACGCUGGCCGUCAUGCCGUUCACUUACUCGAUCGCCUAUGGUAUCAUUGGUGGCAUUAUCAGUUACAUUGUCAUUAACGGGGUGGUGUAUAUCGUCGAUAAAGCGUCGCGUGGACGGAUCAAGCCGGACUACUCCACGCGGGAAGAUUGGUGGAGCACCGCCAUGAGCCGACCUUUCACCCCUGUCUGGUUACGGUUUGUUGUGGCCCGAGCUCGUGGUCGUAACUUUGAUUGGCAUCAGGAUGACAUGGAGUUUGAAGACGUUCCCACUUCCUCCGCUCAUGUUCCCGAUGAGUUGCAUAAGCUGGGCGACCAGGAUGAUGCGAAUGAACUCACCGUUAUCACCGAUGCAGGAUCCACCGAGAAACAAGAUCCUUCCCAUUAAUCUUAUUUAUCUGAUCAAACACUUUACAUUUGUUACCAAUUUUCAUUCUUGUUUUAUUAAAAUCAUUUAAUACCA